AUGAAAGGGAGAAUUUCUCAAGCUGUUGAUAACAAGAGAGAAGCGAGAGAGAAGAGGGUUAUAAGAACACCUAAACGUUAUCUUCCUAUUACAAGCUUCUACACAACAUCGGCUGCGGGUAAAUCUGUCGCCGCCAAGAAGAGGAUCGGGGCUCGACAGCUGAACAAACCGAGAUUGCCGCAGACUGGUGAAGAAGGCCAAGCUUCUGCUUCUUGUUGUGAUGAAUUCAUGGCUGACGCUAACCAUGGAGAAGCAAGGAAACCUGUUGUAAGAAGAACGAGGCCUAAUCUGGCUUUGAGGAAAUGGGUCGAAUUGAUGUUGGUAAAAAAUCACGAUGAUUCCCAGAAGCUUGUCGGACUCCGAUGCCGGAUCUUCUGGCCUCUAGAUAGUGUAUGGUAUUCUGCUUAUCUCAAGGAAUAUAAUAUGGAUACAUGUUGCCAUCAUGUUGUGUAUGAUGAUGGUGACGAAGAAAAUAUGCUUUUGAGACGGCAGAAGAUUCAAUUUUUGCUUUCUAUGGGAGAGAUUAAAAAACUUUGCUUAAGUCAAUACAGAACCUUAAGCUCGGAUGACUUGAGCGAGAUUAUGGCUCGGGCCGACGACAAUUUUGAUGAGAUAGCCCCUGGGGACGUGACUUGGGCCAAAUUGUCUGGCCAUGCGGCGUGGCCAGCUCUAGUUCUUGAUGAAGAACUGGUGGCUGGAUGUAAGGGACUAAAGGGAAAGGUUGGCCAGAAAUCGUACCCUGUUCAAUUUUUCGGAUCGCAUGAUCUGGCAAGGGUGAAGAACACCGACGCCACUCCUUUUAUACCAGGACUUCUAUCUACAUUGCAAAUCAAGUGCAAGAGAGUUGCUUUUGUUAGAGGUUUACAAGAGGCGGAAAUGUAUGUAUAUAAUAAGAAGAAGUUACCAGAAGGGAUGCUUCUAAUGCAAAAGGAUACUACUGAGGAUGAAGUUUCUGAGGGAACAAGUGAUGAUGAUAAUGAUGAAGAUGAGGAUGAAAAUAAGGAUAAAGAUGAGGAAGAGGAGGAGGAGGAGCAAGAAGGAGAUGAUGAUGACGAGGAGGAGCAAGAAGGAGAUAAUGAGGAGGAGCAAGAAGGAGAUGAGGAGGAGAAGGAGGAGCAAGAAGGAGAUGAUGAGAUGGAGCAAGAAGGAGAUGAGGAGGAGAAGGAGGAGCAAGAAGGAGAUGAUGAGAUGGAGCAAGAAGGAGAUGAGGAGGAGAAGGAGGAGCAAGAAGGAGAUGAUGAGAUGGAGCAAGAAGGAGAUGAAGAGGAGAAGGAGGAGCAAGAAGGAGAUGAUGAGGAGGAGCAAGAAGGAGAUGAGGAGGAGAAGGAGGAGCAAGAAGGAGAUGAUGAGGAGGAGCAAGAAGAAGGGUGA